AUCGCCAAGAUUUGUUUUUCUCAAUCUAUACAGCGAUUGGCAAAUGAUAAACCCGCGCAUUUUAAAAAAAUUGCAGAGGAAGUACAAGUUAGACUACAACAUUGCAAGCGACAAUGGCAAGCGAGACAGGGCUCGCAAGAAGAAUUUCAUCGCCCAGAUGGAACAAAUCAAACGACAUAACAGCAAAAAGGACAACGGCUUUUUCCAAGAACUCAAUGAAUUUUCCGUCUUGGGACCCUGGGAAAAGAAACGAUUUCUCGGUGUGAAUGCUUCCAUGGUACCUAGCGCCGAGUUUCUCAAGACCAUUCCGGUUUUCGACUUGCAAAGUCGCCAACUUCCCCCCAGCUUGGACUACCGUUUCGACCGCUGUUUACCGGCAUUCAGACGACAAGGGCAGUGUGGAAGCGGCUGGGCGUUUACUGCCAUUACCCCGCUCGAGUUCUCGAAAUGCAAGAUAACCGGAAGCAACGUUAUGUUGAGCGAGCUGCACUUGGUUGAUUGUGACACCUCCAACAACGGAUGCAACGGUGGGUGGUACAUGGACGCCUGGAACUAUCUCAAGUCCAAAAGCGGAUCUGCAAAAAGACAACUCUACCCCUACACUGGCAAUGGCAAUCAACCCUGCAACGAUACGGUCCCCUUGCAGUUGCCAUCAAUGUCAUAAACUCGUUUUUCUCUUAUGGGGGCGGCGUGUACGACGAUCUGGCUUGUGAUGGACCGGAUGUCAAUCACGCCGUCGUACUGGUCGGAUAUGGCAAACUCAACGGCCCCUCGCCAUCGGCCGUCGUCGCCAAUUCCGCAAGGACAAACUACGCCUACAACAAUCAUCCGCCAGCCUCUGAAAGUGGAAACGAGACCAGCGGCAGGUUUCCUCACGUGGGGUAAGCGAAUGGGCAACAAGUUGGAGCAGCUAAAACGCGGACACUCGAGAGAGCGGUUGGCUCCCUCCAGCAACGGCUGUAAUAACUUGCUGGAUCAAUCACUGUCCAAUUCGACUUGCUCCUUGAACGCGCUUAGUUCGUUGACGUCAUCGCCGUUCGCUUUGGCCGUCAGUCGGAAACCCUCGUUCGAUUCGUCGUCGUCGACGCUCAACGUCGAGACGUGUGUCAACUCCCAGUUAACGACGCAGACGGUCAAUCGUCGCAACAAGAUGCCCAGGCGGCCUCCGGCUGCCAACAAAGGAGGUGCCGCUUCGAAUUAUCAGCAGCAGCAGCAGCAAAGGAGAUGCUCGAAGUGGACGUCGUUGUCGUCGAAAUUUCUCUUCAGGAUUUCGUCAACAUCCCAACUGUCGUCUUAUUAUCGGUGCGACGAUCCCAGUGAAGAUUUGAACGCCAGUGACAUUCAAACCCCUCGAAAUCCAAAGUACCCGACCAAAUCUUCUGCGCCUGUGCCGAUCCCGUCAGCCGCCUCGGCCUGUUCCACCCCAUCCACCAGCCACCGAUCGUACAACAACAACAAUAGCAACAACAACAACAACAUGAUCAGGAGCUAUCUGCCCACCAAGACAGUCAGUUGCGAGAAUAUCCCCAGCAUCUCGGCUGCCAGUCUAGAAGCGGCCCUGCAGAAAGUCAAAGUGACGGACGAUUCGAAUGCUGUUGACCAGCAAGAAGUCUUCAUGGCAAACAACCAACAACAACAUCAGCCAAACGGUCACAACAAUGUGUUAGCAGUGGCAACGGCCGGUUCCCUUAUUCUUUUUUGCGAUCGCGUUUGACAUCUCUGCCGGAAAAAACAACAACAACAUCAACAGCCUCCGUACUCGGCGGCGCCCGUGUCCGUCCCUUACGACGUCAAUCAGAUCAAAGCGAAAAUGCACCAAAUUUACACGGAUUCAGUGACGAACGGCGACGGUGGUGGAUUGUCACCGACGAAAUUGCGGCUGAGCUCGUCGACUUCGUGCGUCUUCCGUGAAUCUCUCGGUUGCAUGGGCGUGGCGCCAGCCUAUCAGCAUCCGCCGUCUCAUUACGGCAGCAGCGUCCUCCUGCCGCUGACGCGACAGUCGAGUACCGUGACGGACACGGACGCCGACAGAGGAAUCGAAAAAGAAGCCUUGUCCGACUCGAGUUCCCUUUACGGCUCGGAUGUGAGCAGCGGCGGAGGCAACAGUUGGGAAUUGUUGGGCAGAAGUGGAGGUGGCAGCGAAGAGCGGCACGAAUCUCCAUCAUCGGCGAAGCCAGCCGGAAUCCAUUAGCGUCGCAGUUGUACAACAAUC